AUGUUUACUGGUCUUGUCGAGACGAUCGGGACCGUCACGGCCCUAGAGCCCCUCGAUACCUCGCAGAGCGGGGGCGGGGGCACUUCGCUUACCAUCUCCGACUGCGAGGAGAUUCUCUCCGAUGCCCAUCUGGGCGAUAGCAUUGCUGUCAAUGGAACUUGCCUCACAGUCACCGAGUUCGACAAGACCUGGUUCAAGGUCGGCGUCGCCCCAGAGACUCUUCGACGCACGAAUCUCGGCUCCCUAACGACCAGCUCCAAUGUCAAUCUCGAACGUGCGGUUUCGGCAGAUACCCGCAUGGGUGGACAUUUUGUGCAGGGCCACGUCGAUACUGUUGCACAGAUUCUGUCCGUCACACCUGAUGGCAAUUCCUUGGUCUUCCGCCUGCAGCCGCGUGAUAGAGAUAUCCUCCGCUACGUCGUUGAGAAGGGUUAUGUCACCCUGGACGGUGCUAGUCUGACUGUCACCAAGGUCGUUGACGGCGAGGACGGAUACUGGGAGGUCAUGCUCAUUGCCUACACCCAGGAGAAGGUCGUUACAGCUGGUAAGAAGGCCGGUGAGUUCGUCAAUGUUGAGAUCGACAUUGUGGGCAAGUAUGUUGAGAAGAGCGUCGCCGGAUAUUUUGCUGGCACUGCCGGUGGGGAUUUCGCCAUUCUAGAGAAGAUGGUAGCCCGCCUGGUUGAUGAGAAGCUGAAAAAAUAA